AUGAACCUGAAAAACCUAUACUUACUGAGUUUUUCAUUUGUUUUUAUGGUAAAAUGUGAUGGAAACUUUAAUAGCGAUGUGAUCAUGUCUUUUGUGACAUUAGAGGAAAGACCUACAUCUCUGCUUAUACCACAUUUGUGUUGGAGUCAACAUGCUCUCACAUCUUUAGUUCGCGGUAUGAGCAGUAUUGCAGUAACCACUGCCACAUCACUGCAGUAUAACAGAACGGAAUACCAUUUGCAGUAUGUCCUCAUCAUGGCUGACUUGGCGUGUCCUGGAACUGACAGGUUUUUGAUCAAGGCGAGCAAAGAAGGCUAUUUCAAAGCGCCAUACCGCUGGCUACUACUGAACUAUGACGAUGAUAAAACAGUGCUGAAGGAUUUAAAUAUGUUGGUGGACAGUGAUGUAGUCGUUAUCAAGAAGAUUUCAGAUCAAGAGUACUGGUUUAUUGAAGUAUACAAAAUAUCAGAAAACUCCGAAGUCAUCUUCACCCUGAGAUCAAAAUGGAACGCCAAAACUCAACUGCAACAUGACUCCUUAAACACCAGUCUUGUAUAUCGGAACCCUGUUCCGAAUACUCGUUUGGAACUCCCUGGAACAGCUACUACUGUAAAAGUAACGAAAGUAACAGUUACUAAAUAUGGGAAGAUGGAAGAUUACAGAAGUUCCAACGUGCUGUCUUCUAGAAGACACGAUUUGAGAGGACAUGUGCUUACCAUGUCGAAUGUGAUAACUGAUAGCAAUGAAACAAGGGUGCAUAUGAAUGAUAGAUUAAACCUUCAUCAAGACUCCAUAACUAAGAUGUCGUACGCCGUGGUGAAGAUUUGCUUCGAAAUGCUGAACGCGACCGAAAGACUCAUGUUCACACACACGUGGGGAUAUAAGGACAAGAAUGGACAGUGGCAGGGGAUAGUUGACCAGCUGCUGAAGAAGGAAGCUGAUCUUGGUACUCUAACAAUCUUCACUCAAGAGCGCAUGAUGGCAGUAGACUACAUAGCCAUGGUGGGCUCCACAGCAGUCCGGUUCGUGUUCCGAGAGCCCCCUCUAUCGUACAUAUCUAAUAUAUUCACCCUGCCAUUCUCGGGGGCUGUGUGGCUGGCUAUAUUUAUUUGUGUGCUGGGAUGCUCUAUAUUUCUCUAUAUUGCUUCUAAAUGGGAAGCUAGUAUGGGUAUGCAUCCAUUGCAACUUGAUGGAUCAUGGGCCGAUGUGUUGAUACUGAUGAUCGGUGCAGUUCUACAACAGGGAUGUACACUAGAACCUAGAUACGCCGCAGGACGCUGCGUAACCCUGAUCCUAUUCCUGGCUCUAACGAUCCUGUACGCAGCAUACUCCGCGAACAUCGUGGUGCUACUCCGAGCCCCCAGUUCCUCAGUCAGAAGCUUACCUGAUCUCCUCAACUCGCCGCUCAAGUUGGGAGCCAGUGACUUCGAGUACAAUCGGUAUUUCUUUAAGAAACUUAACGACCCGAUACGAAAGUCAAUUUAUGAGAAGAAAAUAGCCCCCAAAGGAAAGAAAGCAAAUUACUACUCUAUGAAGGAAGGGGUCGAGAGAAUUAGAAAGGGUCUAUUCGCGUUCCACAUGGAGCUGAACCCAGGCUACCGUCUAAUCCAGGAGACGUACCAGGAAGACGAGAAGUGUGAUCUGGUAGAAAUCGACUAUAUUAACGAGAUAGACCCCUGGGUGCCGGGGCAGAAACGAUCGCCGUUUAAAGAUUUGUUUAAAAUUAACUUCCUCAAAAUCCGCGAGUCCGGAGUACAAGCGAACAUCCACCAGCGUCUAACCGUCCCGCGACCGCGAUGCUCAGGCCACGUGUCCACCUUCAGCAGUGUCGGCAUCACCGACAUGUACCCUGCGAUGCUGAUGACGCUGUACGGCAUGCUGCUCGCGCCAGCUGUGCUGCUCAUGGAGAUCAUGUAUCAUCGACUAAUGUUAGCCAGACAGCAGAAAAGAGGCAUCUCGGAUUACGACCACAUCCCGUUUCGACACUGACUAAUAUUUCUAUAAAAAUAAUAAGUCGUGAUGCUAAACCACGAGGAUGAUUUCACAAAU